AUGCCAUCACUAUUCAACCGAACUCCAGUCGAAGUUCGACAGAAAACCGAAAUUGAUCUUCUCAGAAGGAAAGUCACUGCACUAGAAAAGGAAAUUUCGGCAGAGAAGAAAAAUGUAGCUAGUUAUGUGAAGUCUGAAAAGGAUACUCUUGCAGCCUGGCGGAAAUACGUAGAGAAUUUAUUCAGGGGCCUGAGAGAGGAUUAUGCGAAUCUACAAGAGAGUUUAGAACGGACGGAAGCAACUUAUAGGAAUAAGAUGGGAUCACCUAGGUAUGAAAGAGAGGGAUUGGAAAGUAGUGGGGUUGGCAGGGAUGAUAAUCAGGAUGUGAAUGGUUAUGGGGCUCAGAGGAAUGAGUUUAGCAGAGACAGUAAUCAGGGUGAAAGCAGUUACGGUGUACAGAGAAACCACGGGGGUCAAACGAUAGGGGCCAAAAGUUCUCAGGCAAAGGAGGAGGGACUUCGUGGAAGUCAAGGAUCACAGGCUGAUAGUGGAAUGAGUGGCCAAGGAAGUGGGAAAGAUUUGGCGAAAGAAGAGGAUCAGGGAAGCAAGGACGAUAAAUCAAAUCAGGAAAACAGUUGGGGACAAGGAGAUCAAACAGAAAAAGUUGAGUCGGAGGCUCAAGGAGAUCAGGGCUUUGGGAAUGAAGGAGUUGAAGAAGUCCAAGCGGACCCAAGUUGGGGAGGCGAAGAGAAGAAUGAAGAACAAGUUGCUGAGCCAACAGGAAGUGCGUGGGAUAAUUGA